ACAGAACACACAACUCAGGUGGGCAGGUGAACAGGUCCAAAGUAAAACUGUGCUAACAGAAGUAUAUUGAAACGAUAGGGAUGGGUUUAAAUAGGGUGCAUACCAAAUAUUAAUUAGAUAUAAAUCGGUCAAACAUUGGUUAAAUCAUACCACCAAAAUACCAUACAAUUAUCGAGCUGCAGCCGUUUCUUAGUAGUCAGUAACUGGAAUGGAUAACAUUUAAUUUUUUUUUUUUUUUUGGCAAAAUGCAAUCAUUUGCAUAUUCUGAUAUGGAUUUUAAUUCUACCGAUAUUGAUAAUAUGCUGUGCGAGCUCGGCUUACACAACCAGACGGAAUACUGUGGGUCACCUCCAACACCACCACCUCCACCAAAAGAUAUGAAUCAAACAGUGAGGAUUUUCUUAUAUAGCUUGAUAUUUUUGCUGAGCAUCCUCGGAAAUACCUUGAUCAUAGCAGUCCUGGUGCGAAACAAGAGGAUGAGAACUGUGACCAAUAUAUUCCUGCUGUCCCUGGCUGUGAGCGAUCUGAUGCUGUGCUUGUUCUGUAUGCCAUUCACCCUCAUCCCAAAUCUGAUGAAGGAUUUCAUAUUUGGCAGUGGAGUCUGUAAAAUUGCUGCCUACUUCAUGGGUAUCUCUGUAAGCGUGUCCACUUUCAGUUUGGUUGCCAUUUCCUUGGAACGAUACAGUGCGAUUUGUAACCCUCUGCAGUCAAGAGUUUGGCAGACCAAGUCCCAUGCCUUGAAAGUGAUCACUUGUACUUGGUUUGUCUCAUUCAUUCUUAUGCUACCAUAUCCAAUCUCAAGCACCUUGGUUCCCUUCACCAGAGACAAUAACAGCACUGGGAACAUGUGCCGUCUUACCUGGUCAACUGACAUCAUCCAGCAAUCCUGGUACAUUUUUCUGUUACUGAUUCUUUUCCUUGUACCUGGAAUUGUAAUGAUGACGGCAUAUGGAUUCAUCUCUCUGGAACUGUACAGAGGAAUAAAGUUUGAACUAAUUCAUAGGAGAUCAUCCCGAGAAAGAAAAAUCAGUAACAGCAGCAUUAAACACAUUGACAGAGAUGGCUGCUACAUCCAAAAGUCCAAAAAGGAGACAAUGGAAAUGCAGCAGUUACCCAGCACUAAUAGUAUCAAGAUCAAAAGGGCCAGAAGCAACAGCUCCACAGCCCACCUGGUGGCAAAGAAGAGGGUGAUUCGCAUGCUGAUCGUUAUUGUGAUUAUGUUUUUCACCUGCUGGACCCCCAUAUUCACAGUCAAUGCCUGGCGAGCGUUUGACAGGAUCUCUGCGGACAGGCUGCUAUCUGGGGCUCCCAUAUCCUUCAUCCACCUGCUCUCCUAUACGUCCGCAUGCGUUAACCCCAUCAUUUACUGUUUCAUGAAUAAGCGUUUCCGUCUGGCCUUUCUCGCCACUUUUGCAUGUUGCAAGCAAAUCCAUGACUUGCCCCGAGAUGUGGAAGAGGAUGCAGCUACAACAGGGGCCACUCUUUCCAAGUACACAUACAGCAAAAUCAGCAUAUCGGUCCAAGCAUAGACAAGAAAUAUUUUAAUCAGUAAUAUCAAAGUAUUGUGGGAUGUCUUUCAAGGUGUUGGAGAUGGUUAAUGUACUGCUGAGCUUUUGAAGUGAAAAAAAAACUUCUACUGUACAUUGGUUUGUGAACUUUUUCAAAGUACAGACAGCAAGGAACACUGACGUGUCUCUUGUUUUCUAGUUCAGAGAGAAAUACUGUACACCAAAUAGAAUCCUGUUUCUGAAACACUGAUUAUUCUUUCGAUAGGCUAAUUGUGGAUCCUUAAUAUUCAAUGACAAUGCAAUGAUUCUGUACUACGGGACAAUGGUAGCGCAAGGGCAGCUGCAAUGGUAUACAGUAAGUCAGUAAUAUAUUGUGAACACAGUGGUAACAGUUCAUAAUUUGGCAUGCCAGUGGUUUGAACCAAAAUACACAAUGUUCAUUGCAGUACCAUUAUGUAUUUUCGGCACUUGUGUUCUGCUUUGCAAUAUUUGUUCCAAUUCUAUUGUGUUGUCAUUGAAGUUAAUGAUGUGGUCUGCUCGUGAUUCUUCUAUCUUUGUUCAAGAUGCUAUAAUAACCAUUAUUCAACAGGUUUUGUCAAAGUUUUCUGAAAGGGCUGGCAUAGAAAAUAGUCUAAGCUUGUUUUCCACCUGAAUGGAUUUUGAAUGAAGAAAAACAAUUACUACUGCCAAGUGCCAAGGCUUCAGUUACCAGAGAAUUUGUGUUUUGCAGGGCUCUUUAUCUAAAACUGCUGAUUCAGCAUACUGUAUGGGCUAUUACAACAUGCAGGUUUUGGCUGUACAGAAGUAUAUAAUUACUUCAAAUUAUGAGAACGUGGUUAUGGGGGGGAUGUAGGGAUAUAGUAAAUCUACACACACACACACACUCUGUAUUCUGAUUGACAGCACUUUUCAUAUCUUAACAUUUUAACCCAAUUGGGCUGUAAAUGCAUGUUCUCCACUAGCCAGCAGAGAAAAGAGGACAGUAGAAAAAUGCACUGCAUACAACAUUGAUAAAGAAUUUAAAUUUCAAGACCUGACAUGAAGGGUGCGAUCUGUCAAAUUUCCAGUGGGGAGGAUAAAAAAACACAAAUUACAAAACAGUAGGAAAGCCUCUAGCAAAGAUACAUCACGUUAAUACACCACUACUAUGCCAGCAUCUACCACCAAUCACAUUAUUGUUGUUUAACAUGCAUUAUUAUUAUUAUUAUUAUUAUUAUUAUUAUUAUUAUUAUUAUUAUUAUUGAUAACUGAAAGGCACUAUCAACGUACGCUUAUAAUGCUACAAACAAAAUUUGCCAAACACAUUUUUUUAUCUAUUUUGAUUAAAAUGAAAAACUAAAGGCUGAGUGACGGUAUACUGUACGUGCGUACACAGAAUUGCCAUUCUAUAUGCAAAAUGUUGUCACUUCUAUAACCAAACUCUGAGUCCUCAUUAUUUAUUUUUUGCAGGACGAAGAAUACAUGUAUUUGGGUAUGAAUAUCAUCUGUAUAAAUGAAAUUUUCCAGCAGAGAGUUAUUGUCAGUACAAAAUCUAUUUUCCCUGCCGGGGAUGAAAAUUGAAAGAGCAGAGGCUGGGAUACAAAAAGCAGAGUCAGGGAACCCCCCCGCCCUCCCCCCAUACAAUCAAAUCGGACUGUAAUAACAUAUUUUCUAAACAAAGUUGUUAAGGCAGGAGAAAGGCAGACAAAAAUUAAGCAAAUCCCAUCGACUUAAUAGUUGACCAGAAAAAUUAUAUACCGCUGUGUACAGCGGUCAGAAAAGGCACAACUACAAACCCGUUGUUUCAGCAAUCUGCCAUACAAAUAUAUAUAUAAGGAGGCUGUGUGGUCCAGUGGUUAAAGAAAAGGGCUUGUAACCAGGAGGUCCCCAGUUCAAAUCCCACCUCAUCCACUGACUCAUUGUGUGACCCUGAGCAAGUCACUUAACCUCCUUGUGCUCUGUCUUUCGGGUGAGAUGUAAUUGUAAGUGACUCUGCAGCUGAUGCAUCGUUCAUACACCCUAGUCUCUGUAAGUCGCCUUGGAUAAAGGCGUCUGCUAAAUAACAAUAAUAUAAAUGCACAGUGCAUACAGUGACUGCAGGUCUGUGCAAGUGAAAAACUCUCCCUUUUGUAUUUACAGCAGUUCCCUGGAACUACUGUUCCUGGUUUGUUUGUGUUUGGAAUAUAAAGAAGGAUUAAGCGUGUGGCUCAUGCUACUUUGUACACAAUAGAACUAGACAGCAGAAAACUGUAUAUGUUUAAAUGAAUUUAAAUUAGUGCUCAGUACUUCCCAGUAUCUUCAACUUUGUGUGUUUUGCAUAAUGCGUAUGGCAGAAUCAUCUUUUAAAAAGCUUUUAUUUAAUUGAAGAAAAGGGCACUUGGAUUUGAUACAUAAAAAUCUUGCAAAUUGCAAGUCCAUUUAAAAGCAUCCACAUUUGCAGUUAAAGAUGAGCAAGACCUUUAGGGGUGCAAAACAAUUGCCUUUUUAAAGAAACAUCAUGUUGUACAUUACAUGUCCUGAGCCUGUUGGCUGUAGUUAAUUUAGACAUUGAGAAAUUUGCAGCAACAUUCAUAAUGAUGGGCAAUUCAGAAGUUUAUAGUAACUGAGUCUGGUUUUAAUACUGUAGUCCUUGCUUUAGCUUUUUUCUUACAGAAAAAAAAGUAUGAUGUAAAUAAAGUGAUUCCAACAUUAUAUUUGUUGAGGGAUGCAUUUAGUCUACAGCAUUACUUUCUAAAGAUAAUGAGACAAGUAAGAUACUAUUAAGAUGAUCAUAUUUACAUUUCUGUAAUAAUGAUUUUGUCUUGGCAUUAAAGUUCUACUUGGGGAUGAGGAGGCAUUUGUUCAAUGAUAACAGAUGAUAACAGCUGUAGUUUACAUCUUAGUACUUUUUAUGAUCCUGCUGUAACUGAUAAUGGGGCAUGAAGUCCAGUUCUUGUUAGUAAACUCUUUAGACAGGUCUUAGAAAAGCUUGUGGCAGCUCUCCGUGCUCUUUUCAGGAGAUAUUGUUGGUGUCAGUUUAAUAAUUCCCAGACACCUAUGCUAAGAUCAUUUUUGUGUAUUCUGACUGACAAACCAUCUUACAAACUCUUCACUCAUCAGCCUUUAAAAUAGAUGGACCUAGAAAGACAAUUGUGAACAGAUCAUCCAUGAACUUAAUAAAAAAAAAAAAAAAACAUGUAGUUUUCAGUUAUACCUUGUGCCUCUGUCUCUGCUAAAUACACACUUUAUAGUAACAUUAAAAUGUCAGUUGUAAGUGAUGAACAAGAUGGAGCAAUGUUGUGCUUUGCAUGAUACUUUCUGUGAGUUUGGGUGUGUUUACGAUGUCUGUAUUUAACCAGAACCAAUUGAAGUUUCUAUAAAUGUAUGCCUUUUUUCUGUCCUUGACCUACGUGUAACAUUGUAUAUGUGUUUGUACUGUUAGCAACAAAGUGUUCUCUACUUGGUGGGAUUUGUUGCACCUGUGUUAACUUCAAAGGAUUAUUUCAGUGUAACUUGUCAAUUAGCAUUGUUGUUUGUGGAUACAUGUGAUACUGUUUGCAGAACACGUUUCUCUGCAGUUUAAAUCUGUCACAAUUGAAAGAUGCUAUUCCUUUCCAGUGUUUUUUCCUAGUGAAAAUAUUAGACUUUAGCUGUUAGUUAAAGGCUUGAUAUAUUGGUUUACAUUAUUUGGCAAGUGUCCUCUUCAGAUUAUAACUUCAGCUAUUUGGUAUAUGGAACAUAUAAACACAUGUAAACGUUUACCCCCCACAGACACUUUUAGCUACAUUUAUAAAAAGCUGUCUAAAUAUGUCAU